AUGAACAUGGUAUUCUUAUCGAGGCGAAGUGAUGCGUUUCAGAUGGAGCUGUUGCAAGUCAUAGGUGUGUCUGUGACAGCCAAUACAGCACGUAAUUCUCUUCUCUUUGUGCCUGGCUACAAACUAGCUAGGGAGGGCUAUGAUGUGGUGACACUGCAGCGCAAAGGGGCCUAUGUGCUUGAUAGCUCCACCUCUAUAAUACGGAAUGACUGGAAGGUGGGGCUCAACCUGAAGGACAUAGGGUUGCAGCUGGCAGGCAGCAAAGAGUACACGUCCAACCGCAUUGAGCCGUACCAGCAGUUCAUUGACACUUAUGGAACCCACUACAUUCACCUGGUGGACCUUGGGGGGAGGAUGAAGAGGGUGACUGGAAUCCGCACCUGCUUGGCCACCCUGAACCAGGUCUCUGUGUCCCAGGUGCAGACAUGUCUUUGUAUGGGGUUGUCUGAUGGCAUGGGGUUGUUAAAUGUGUUGAGUGGGCAGUGUUCAAAGGUCUUUAAUAAUGAAGACAGUAUUACAGGUUAUGACAAGGGUUUCCUGAGCCACAGCACUGAAGUGACGGGUGGGGAUGGCUGGAUGGGUGAGGUUUCCAUGACCAAACCAGACUCUGAAGGCUUUAAAAAAUGGCUGAAUAGUCUACAAAGGACCCCAGACAUCCUAUCCUUCACUGUUCUCCCUCUGCAUGACUUGGUUCAUGACACUAAGGUGAGAGAUAAUCUACUAACAGCUAUUAGUCAGAAUGUGAUAGAUAAUGGCAUUGAGAAAAACAAGACAGAACAGACACCUUGUGGGGUGAGUUCUCCCAACCUGUCUCCUGAUUGCUGCCCUCUGUUGGUAGGGAGAGGCAGACUGACUGUCUUUGUGGACCGUGGGUUCAGUAUAAGGGGUAAUGGGUGGGCCGAACCAGAGGGUUACGUCAAACUGUGGCGUGGAAAUCAAUACAGACCCACUGGUGUACUACCUAUGAUCCACUUUGGCAAUGAAACUAACUGCAAGUCAGAGGGCCCCAUUGAGGUGUCUGAGUCCACUGAGGUGUCUGAGCCCAUUGAGGUGUCUGAGCCCACUGAGGUGUCUGAGCCCAUUGAGGUGUCUGAGCCCAUUGAGGUGUCUGAGCCCAUUGAGGUGUCUGAGCCCAUUGAGGUGUCUGAGCCCACUGAGGUGUCUGAGCCCAUUGAGGUGUCUGAGCCCAUUGAGGUGUCUGAGCCCAUUGAGGUGUCUGAGCCCACUGAGGUGUCUGAGCCCAUUGAGGUGUCUGAGCCCACUGAGGUAUCUGAGCUCACUGAGGUAUCUGACUAUCAUGUCAUGCCUACAUCUUAA